AACACUGUGUGUCAUUGUUGGCAGAGUUGACAGUUUGACAUGUGUAAAGCCACGUGCUUGAAACUUUAUUUUUCUUUUUUUAAAUAAUAAUUUUAUCAAACAAAAUGAGUUUUUCGAUUUUUAAUAAUGAUAUUGCAUUGUGUAGUGGUGAAAAUAUUGUCGUUUACAAUAUUAAAGAAAAUGAAGAAAAUAUCAUUACACUUCCAAAAUUAAAUAAUCAUCAUGAGAAUAAUACACACAAUAAAGAAGAUAUUGAAUCAAUUCAUUCAUUAACGAGUGUUAAUUUUUCAAAUGACGGUGAAUAUUUAUCUGUUUGUACAAAUCGAAAACAACUUUGUCUUUAUAAACGAAAAGAAUUGGAAAUUGUCUCCAAUAGAAGUUUAAUUCGAGCUGCAAGUAAAGUUCGUUUUACAAAAAGUAAUGAUAUCAUUGUUGCUGAUAAAUCUGGUGAUGCUUAUUUAUUUGCUACCACAAAACCGUUAGAGAAUGGAAAUCUUCUUCUAGGGCAUCUUUCUAUGAUUUUGGAUAUAUUGGUAACAUCAGAUGAAAAAUACAUUAUCACAGCGGACAGAGAUGAAAAAAUACGUGUCUCAAAAUAUCCAAAUAGUUACAAUAUAUCUGCCUAUUGUUUAGGACAUAAGAAAUUUGUGAAUAAUAUUGCAGAAGUGCCACAUUGUCGUGAAAUUUUAAUUUCUUGUGGUGGCGAUGGUCAAUUUAUAUUGUGGAAUUAUAAAAUUGGAAAAGAACUUUAUCGUUUUCCAUUUAAACAAAAUUUACAAGAUGGAGAUUUAAAGAAAUUUGAAAAACUUUUAGAGGAUUGUAAUAUUGAUGAAUCUAUAAUUAAUUUACCAGUAAAACAAAUGCAAAUAAUAAAAAUUGACAAUUUAACAUCAAUAAUUUCUGUCAGUUUUUAUUGUUGUAAAAGUGUAUUUAUUUAUAAUGUAAAGGGAACAAAUGACAUGGAUUUAACAAUGAAUUAUCUACAAGCAAUUAAAAUUGACGAAGAGCCAUUAGAUUGUUUUUUAAAUGAAAAUCAACUUUGGAUAUUAACAAAUGUGAAACUUGAUGUUUAUAAAUUAAGAGAUAAUAGUUAUUUUAAAGAUGAAGAAAUGAUUAAAAAAAUUUGUAAAUUAAAUACAUUGUGGGAAAAACUUCGAUGUGAUUCUUGUGAUAAAACUUUGUUUCCCAUUUUGUAUAAAAGAAAAUUUGACAAUGUACAAGAAUAUCAAGAGAGAAAAAAAUGUCGUUUAAAUGAAAAACAAAUGUUAGAUUAAAGACUGUUUAUAAAUUAAAUGUGUAUAAUUGUAUAA